UCUGUUGCAGACUAUGGCUGGCCCAAUGAUCUGGAUCAGAGUCACUUGGAUUCUUCAGAUAUGUUUGAUGUUGAUGAGCUACUACGUGACAUAAAUGGCGACGACGUGUUUACAGGCUUAAAUCAGGACCAGUACCCGGGGAACUAUGUUGCCAACGGUUCAUACAGGCCUGAGAGUCAACAAGGCGGAUUUGAUCUGCUUCAAAGCCUCAACUACGGAUACGGAUUACCUCCGUUUCAGCUCGAGGCAAAGGAUGGUAAUGGAUUUUUCGACGACUUGAGUUACUUGGAUCUGGAGAACUAAACUAAACAAUAUGAAGCUUUUCGGAUUUGUUAUUUGCCUUAAUCCCACAAUGACUGUUGAUUCUCUAUUUCUGAGUUUUACUUUUAGUGAUAUAGAGAACUUCAGAAAACGUUUUUUUUCUUGUUGUAAAGGUGAAGUGUAUAUAUCGAAACAGCGAUAUGACAAUAGAGAAGACAACUAUAGUUUGUUAGUCUGCUUCUCUUAAGUUGUUCUUUAGAUUUUCUUAUGUUUUGUAACAACAGGAAUGAAUAAAUAAUACACACUUGU